AGUCGAAUUAAGGCUUCGCGGGCCCCGCCCAUGCGCCUCCGGCGCCAGCGCCAUCUGCGCUGUCAACUGUCAAUCACCCACAGUCCUUUCAGCAAUUGGAACGAAAACAAAUCGCCAUGGGCAAGAUAAUGAAACCGGGUAAGGUGGUGCUGGUGCUGGGCGGGCGCUACGCGGGGCGCAAAGCCAUCGUGGUGAAGAACUUCGACGACGGCACCGGAGAGAAGCCCUACGCGCACGCCGUGGUGGCCGGCAUCGACCGGUAUCCGCGCAAAAUCAACAAGCGAAUGGGCAAAGGCAAGAUGCACAAGCGCAGCAAAAUCAAGCCCUUCAUCAAGACCCUGAACUACAACCAUCUGAUGCCCACGCGGUACACCGUGUCGGAUCUGACCGACGUGAAGGGCAAGAGCCUGUUGGGCUCCGCCAAGGACCUGAAGGACCCCAUGAAGCGCAAGAAGCUGCGCUUCCAGACGCGAGUGCGGUUCGAGGAGCGGUAUAAACAGGGCAAGAACAAGUGGUUCUUCCAAAAGCUGCGCUUCUAGUUCAAUAAAUCUUCUUUAAUUCAA